AUGUGGAGAUUAAUAAGCACCGAUUUGUAAAUAAUGGUUGCGAUUUCCCAGAUUCCACAACAAAAACUUUGAGUUUUGCUUUACGCACGCACUUAGAUGGAGAUUAACAGAUCAAUAUGACUGUUGUAAUGGGAAGGCAUGAGAUGCAAGCAUCUGGGGUAGUUAAGGUGAUCAGUGAUUAGGUGUUGGUUUGUAACACCCUGGGCGGUCAUUUUUUGUAUUUAAAUCCUAUUUUUGAUAUUCAACGAUAUUAUCAACAUCUUACUGUAAUGUUUAAGCAGUGUCAUUUGCAAACAGCAACUGAACAUCAUGCAUAAUUCUUAUGCUUUGGGAGCAAUCAAUUAUUUGAAGGAUGGAAUCAACUUUGUUGGUAUGGCCUCAUUCUCUGAGAAUUGCUUUCAUAUUGCUAUUGUCAAUCCUAUGGAGAUGCUUGUCUGAUUUUUUUUAAAAAACUAAUUGUCUGAUCAAGAUACUUAAUGCAAAAUACCAUGUCAUGAGUAGUGAAAACUUGGUAAACCAGCACUCCAGAAAGGUGACACCUGUGAAGACCAUAUAGCUUUCCAGUCUAGACUAGAUUGCUGUAUUUUCAGCUGAGAAUAUCUUAUAUGGAUAACCAUCUUUUGGUUAUACUAUUUCAUGGGUUAGUUGGGCCUUUGAGUGCAGUGUCUGAGGCUGAUCCUUGCUAUUGGCUGAAGACUGAAUUUUUUAGGUAGAUAUAAAAGGCUUGCAUGGAUCUGCAACAUUGCCAGAUCUUUUUUGCUACUGCAGCAUCAGGCCACUGACUGGAGGAGCGUGAAGACUCCUUGGUAAGCACUCUGUUCAGGCAUCUGUAGCUGAGGUGAAAAAUUGUUACAAAACUUACCGAUGCUCCGUUGUUCUUGUUCAUGAUUCAGAUAAUCAUGUUAGCUUAUGUGGCUUCGUGUUCUCUUUAAGCCGAUUUGGAACUCGUCAAAUCGGGUGUGAUUUAUCCUGAGUACUAUAUUCAAGGCUUUGACCAUAACUUGUCUUGAUGUGCCAUAACAUGACUUCUAUUACUUGUUUUUAUCAUCUUAUACCUGCUAAAUCAUUUUUUUCUGAUUGACUAAGGUACGUUUACACAGAGUAGCAAUACAUUGGGAGCUUGAAAUGCUGAAUUAUUUCCUUCUAUUUAGUUCUGAUUGGCAAAUGGGGUAUGCAAUAACUUUCUGUUUGAAUAACAAACUAGAUAAUUAUUUUUCCUUGAUUUUAAAUAAGAUAACUGACUAGAUAGUGUAUAGCCAGUCCUAUCUGAAAAUUAUAGGACUCCACAGAUUUCCACUAUGUUUGGAAGUUGCUCAAAAGGCUAAAACCUUAAUUUCAUUGUUGACUUGUUGUAAUCUCAUCGCUGUAAUAUGUCCUUGCUCUACCGAACAUCCGUAUUACUAGGGUGUGAUUACUGCUCACUCUAUUGCAAGUAGCAAAUCCUCAUGGGCUUGAGAAUGUUUUAUUUUCCCUUCUGUUUAAUUCCACCCAGGAAGUUGCUGGUAUUAUAGAAUUUUCAGGGUCUAUUUUUAAAAACCGACCACAGCUAACUGUCAAUGUAUCAAGAAAUUACACCACAGAACCACAGGCUUCUGUUGUAUUUUUCUUCUUCUUCUCAGGCUUCUCUUGUUCUAAGAACCUUAACUAAUAUCUCAGUUUCAUUGUCCCAGUGCAUGUGCAUUGCGGAUACUCAUUUCCCCAUUCACACACUAUGAAUUAUGAAGGGCACUAAGUUCAAAUAUGGAGGGUAUUCUCUUGGGUUUGUGACAGGCUAAUUUGUCAUGGACAGAAAAGGCCAUCAUUUGCAGAGAGAUGAUGCAUCAGAGCAGGUUCCUGGACCAUAUCAAGCUGGGGCACUUAGCACCUUGUCCUUUGCAUCAUGAUCACAAGCGCUGCCCUCCCUGGAGUCAAGAAUUCAGAACAGUGCCAUCCAGCUCAGGCAUGAUCAAGAGCUCCAGCAUGGUUCUCGGGCUCUUGGCAUUCUACUGCGGUAUUUGAGUUUGAAGAAAGGCUGGACCUUGUAUUCCCAUUAGCUGCGGCUUGUUUGGGAACUGGUACCUGCUGAUGGAACACGGACGGAACAUGCGUUUGACUUAAACCUCUUUGCCAGUGUCCAAGAAUUAUCAGUAAUCCUCACUAGGGAGCUGAACGAAGCGCAGCAGUUGGGAUUAGCAAGCAGUUCAUACAGAUGAGAUGAUGAUGGUCCAGUAAAAUACUAACUAACUAGUGCUGUACUAAUGAAACGACAGCAUGGCCCGUCUCAAAGAGCUCCAUACGACCAUUAUCCAGGAAGCUUCCACCGCAGGUUGGCAGGUGGCCUCAACUCUCCGCGGAUAGCCAUCGUGAUGUGAGUGUGACACCAGCAGCACCGAGCUAAGGAGAUCGUUCGUCUGGCCAUGGAAGCAAAGCCAAUCCCGCUCCUGACUCCCCACACCAUGGGGAGGUUCCACCUCUCCCACAGGGUUGUCCACGCGCCGCUCACGAGAUCAAGGUGCUACAACAACCUUCCUGGAGAACACGUCGCGCUGUACUACUCCCAGAGGGCCUCCAAAGGUGGUCUACUAAUCGCUGAAUCCACUGGGGUCUCGGAGACCGCUCAGGGUUACCCAAACACGCCAGGUAUAUGGACCAAGGAGCAGGUGGAGGCUUGGAAGCCGGUGGUGGAAGCUGUGCAUCGCAAGGGGGGAGUUUUCUUCUGCCAGAUAUGGCAUGUAGGCAGGGCUUCUACUUAUGAUUAUCAGCCCAGUGGACAAGCACCGAUUUCUUGUACAGACAAGCAGAUUACACCCGAGGUCCUGGAGGAUGGAACUGUGGAGGAAUUCUCUGCCCCAAGGAGACUUACAGAAGAUGAGAACCCUCACAUUGUCAAUGAUUUUCGGCUUGCUGCUAGGAAUUGCAUUGAAGCAGGCUUUGAUGGAGUCGAAAUCCACUGUGCCUUUGGCUACCUAAUCGAGCAGUUCAUGAAAGACAGUGUCAACGACAGAACUGACAAAUAUGGUGGAAGCAUGGAAAACCGCUGUCGCUUCGCUCUAGAGGUAAUUAAAGCAGCCAUCGAUGAGAUUGGAGCAGACAGGGUCGGUGUCCGUCUCUCACCAUACUCAAACUGCCUGGACUGCUGGGAUUCAGACCCAGAUGCACUCGGCCUGUACAUGAUCCACGCCAUGAACAAGCUGGGCGUCCUCUACUGCAGCAUGGUUGAGCCUGAGGGGGUCAAAGUGGAUGGUAAGGUGCAGAUCCCCUACAAGCUGCUGCAUUUCAGGAAGGCAUUUGCUGGGACUUUCAUUGUUGCUGGAGGAUACAACAGGGAAGAAGGCAACAAGGCAGUGUCCGAGGGUUACACUGACCUGGUGGCAUAUGGCAAAUGGUUUCUGGCGAACCCAGACUUGCCCAAGCGGUUUGAGCUGAAUGCACCUCUGAACAAGUACGACAGAUCAACGUUCUACACCCCUGAUCCAGUUGUCGGGUAUACCGAUUACCCUUUUCUUGAUCUUUCAUCUGUGUGAUUCCCUGAGAACAAAAUUUGUGCUAUACAUAACUUGAUCUUGACAUGGAAUCUCAAAUUAAAAGGAAUUCUUGAGCUGGCUGGAUAGCAUGA